AUGGGCCCGUUCGCCCCAUUAGCCCUACUCUCGUCAGCCGCUGCAGUCUUGCGACUCGAGUGUCGGAUCACCUGCCUGGUCCUUCACUCCAACCUGGGUGCCGGCGUUAUCUUGCAGGUAGUCGCAUUGGCUAGUCGGCUGGUCGCGGCCCCUCAGUCAGUCCAUCACACAUGGCUCCUCGCCAUCCGAGUCCUGGUCGUGGCCGUGGGCCAGCAGUACUGCUGGGACAUCGUCAACCAGCUCGUAUCUGUGGAGGAGGACCGAGUCAACAAGCCCUAUCGACCCAUUACAGCGGGACUAGUCAGUGUCAGUGGGGCCUACCGGCGCUGGGGGCUGAGCUGGUGUCUCUUCGGCUGGAUCAGCCGCACCUUGUCUGGGGGGUCUGGCCUGCUGUUCUUCGUCCUAUCCCAGGCAUGGGUCUUCCUGUGCUAUGUCCAUCCCGGCUGGAACCAUUGGUUCGCUCGCAACGCCUUCCCCGCGGGCUGGACAUAUCUCACCUUCCGUCUGCUCGAUGCCACCGUCUGCUCCAGAUGGCCGCAGCUGCACACGGCCCCGAAAUUCGACCUCAUCCUGGCACUCUGGGACCUGGCAACCGUUCACCUACAGGAAUUCCACGACGUCGACGGCGACCGCAAAAUCAACCGUCGGACCCUCCCGGUGAUUCUCUCCGGGCCGGGUCGCCGACUCUUGCGCCAGACCACCGCCGCGACGAUCGUGCUGCUUGGCUGCGCCGUGGUGAGAUGGGGAUGGAAACUGGCCAGUCACUGCCACACGGCCGGGAUGUGCGUGGGGUUGCUGAUAUCGGGCAUCCUCCACGUGGCAGGGGCGGUGGUCGUGGGGAUUCGGUGCGCGAGGGAGGAUCCGUCCAAGGAGGAGGAUGAGAGGACGUAUAAAGUGUACUAUGUCCUGACGGCUUAUUGCGCGAUGUUCUUUCUGUCGUUUCUGAAUACUUCUGAGGGGACCCAGAGCUAG